AUGAAACAAAAUAUUGGACGGGGCGAAUUUUCUCAGUUCCCCAAUUUGUCACAGACAAGCUGCCAGGAAGACAACGUUUCAACUUACGUUCAACAUUUAAAUGCCCUCUAUUCAGAUUUUGAAUCUAGGUUUGAGGAUAUUUUGACUAUGGUAAUACCACCGUGGAUAAUUAAUCCAUAUGGUGACAUAGAAGAAACCAAUGUCAUAAUACAAGAGGAACUGACUGAACUAAGUACAAACGAAGAACUUAAGGUUCAGUUUAAAAACGGAUAUCAGCAAUUCUGGCUGAAAACAACAUACCCGUUACUUAUCCCGUAA